AUGCAGGAUGGUUCUGGAGGGCUGUCUGCUUAUGAACUUGAGCGCCUGGAAAACAUCAGGCAGAACCAAGCUUUCCUCUCCUCUAUGAAAAUAUUCCAGGCAGCUGAAGAUCUGAAACAGUCAAAGCCAUCUCAGAGGGGACUUCCGAGGUCAAAGGCUGCAGUGAGUGAAGUGCUGCCUUCUCGUAGGUCCCUCCGUCUACAACAUAAAAUACCUGAGACCUCUUCCCUUCCACCUGAACCCCGAGGAGUAUUGACCUAUGACUAUUCACAGCCAUGUAAAAAGCCUUCAGGCCCUCUGCCAAUGGAACCAGCCAACAUGGAGGAGGGCAGUAAGCUACCCCCAGAGCUUCUUAACCUCUGUUCUGAGGUCUCUGUGAAAGAAGAAAAGGUGGAACUCAAUCUUAAGGAGUACCGCUCUGCCCUGAAGAACAUGAGGAUAACUGAGGGUAGAGUGGCAAAGGUGGUGAAGCAUCGCAUUUUUUCCGCUGCCUUCCAUCCAUGCACCAGCAGUCUGCUUAUGGCUACAGGAGACAAGUGGGGGCACGUGGGGCUCUGGAACAUUGGUGGUGGUUGGGGUGAUGAUGGUGUGCUUCUCUUCGAGCCACACUCCCGUCCAGUGGGCUGCAUGGCGUUCUCCAGGACUAACCCUGCUCAUCUGCUGAGCCUCAGCUACGAUGGAUCUCUGCGAUGCAUGGAUAUAGAGAAGGCUUGCUUUGAUGAUGUUUAUGUCUCUGAGAAUGACCUGAAAAGCUUUGACUUCCUGACACCUGACUGUGCAACACUGGUAAUUGGAGACUGGUGCGGACAGGUUGCCAUUGUUGACAGACGGACCCCAGGAAACUCCUAUGAGUCCCUCCACACCAUGGACACCAAAACCAUUCGCUGUGUCAACGUCCACCCUCUACACAGGCAGUACUUUGCAGUGGCAGAGAACAGGGUAGUGGGCAUUUACGAUAGCCGCUGUCUGAAGAAGACCAAAAGCCAGGCAGUCUCCCAGUUGCUGGGUCACUCUUUGAGCAUAUCCAGCGCUUACUUCUCCCCCAGCACAGGAAACAGAGUUCUCACCAGCUGUAUGGAUAACACGAUUAGGAUAUAUGACAGUUCUGCACUGACCACCAAAGUGCCAUUGCUCACCUCCAUCAGACAUGACAUGCACACAGGCCGCUGGCUGAGUAAACUGUCAGCUGUGUGGGAUCCUAAAAGAGAGGAUUGCUUCGUGGUGGGAAGCAUGGCGAGGCCUCGGCGAGUGGAUGUAUUUCAUGAGAGCGGUCAGCUCCAGCAUUCCUUUGGAAAUCAGGACCAUCUUAGUACAGUGCUGUCUGUCACAGCCUUCCACCCCACAAGGAAUGCCUUGCUUGGAGGAAACAAUUCAGGACGUCUACAUGUCUUUGCUGAAUGAAAGUCUGAACCAUGCAUGGAGAAUGCAUCCAGCUGACAAUUCAGAGAAAAUAAUCAGCAAUGAACAGUUUUGUUUUGGGGGAGUCCCUACUGUAGACACAGUUCCUAUGCAGUAGAGACAUUGCUUAUUUCUUUUAGACAACAGGUUCAGUUUCGAGCAGUCGCUUAUUUCUUUGAGGCAACGGGUUCAGUUUCGGGCAAUCGCUUAUUUCUUUGAGACAACGGGUUCAGUUUCGGGCAAUCGCUUAUUUCUUUUGAGACAACGGGUUCAGUUUCGGGCAAUCGCUUAUUUUUUGAGACAGCAGGUUCAGUUUCGAGCAAUCGCUUAUCUUUUCGCUCAUAUCUUUGAAAUUGAAGAGAUGAGCAAUCAAGUGUCCUAUGCAGUAGAGACUGAUUGCUCAUCUCUUCAAUUUCGAAGAGAUUUUAUACAAUGCUUUAAAUGUUUUGUAUCUUAGGUCCCUAUCUGGAGGUGAUCGGUAGAGAUGAUAGCCACAACUACAGCGAAACAGAUUUCAGAUACAACUAUUGGGAUUAUAAAAGGUGACUUUAAAAAAAAAUUGUGUUUACAGAGUAAAGUAUAAAUAUAAGAAAUUUUGUGUUUAACGUUACAGAGUAAAGUAUAAGAAGUUUAGAUAUUUUUCAUUAGUUAUAUAAAGAACUAAAGUAUUAUUUUAAAUUUUCUUUUUGUAUCUUAAGUUGAAU